AUGGAGGGGAUCAGAAACAAACUGAAUUUUGAUCACAGUUUCAUAGUGGACUGUGUUGGCAGGAGUGGUGGCAUAGCUUUUUUGUGGAAGAAGGAGGUGGAGGCAGAACUGAAUUCGUACUCAAACCAUCAUAUUUCCUUAACUGUAUUUCCUGAGAAUUUGGAGAGGAGUAUUCUUUUAACCGGCUUCUAUGGACAUCCAGUAGCUGCAAAAAGAAAAGAGAGCUGGAAUCUUAUUAGACUUAUACACUCUAAUAUCCAAUGCCCAUGGCUGUGUUUGGGAGAUUUCAAUGAAAUUCUCCUUCAAGAGGAACAAUUUGGCUCUCAUGCCAGACCAUUUCACCAAAUGGAGGCAUUCAGAUCAGUGGUUAAUGACUGUGGUAUGCAAGACCUGGGAUACAAUGGGGACUGCUUUACCUGGAGUAAUAGAAGAGAAGGGUUAGACUUUACUAAAGCCAGACUGGAUAGAGCCUUUGUCAAUAAGGGUUGGAGGGAUCUCAAGCUCAUUAAUUCAGUGUUAAUCCUACCAGCUCAGUGCUUAGACCAUAAUCCCAUUUUUGUUGCCUGCUCAAGCUCUACUGUUGCUAAAAUUCCUAGACCUCGAAUUUUCAGGUAUGAAGCAGCAUGGGGUAAGAAGGAGGAAUGUGGACUCUUAGUUAAACAAGCCUGGCUUCAAAGUUGUCAUCUCAAUCCUAAGCUAAAAGCUUCUCGAGAAGGGCUUAUAAACUGUAGAGAGAAGCUUAAGGCUUGGGGCAGGAAAGUAAUUCAAGAUCAUAAGAAAGUACUCACAGGCAAAAGAGAGUAUCUCAGAAGACUGCAGGAAGCUAACAUAGGACAGAACAAUGAACAGAUUCAGCAAGCUCAAGCAGAGAUUGACAAACUGUUAGAGAGUGAAGAGUUGAAAUGGAGACAAAGGGCAAAACAAAGACGGCUUCGAGAAGGGGAUAGGAACACUAAAUUUUUUCAUCAGUGUGCUUCUCACAGGAGAUUGGUCAACACUAUCAAGCAAGUUGCUAAUGAGAAUGGAGUUACUGUUAAUAACCAGAAGGAAAUAGGUCUGGCUUUUCAAGACUUUUAUAGAAACCUUUUUUCUACUUCUGAUCCUCAAGGAAGUGAUGCUUUGCUUCAUUCCUUCCAGGCCCGUGUCACUAGGGAAAUGAAUAGGACUUUAACCAGUCCAUAUUCCACAGAGGAAAUCCAAAGAGCUAUUCUUGACAUGAACCCGAUGGGAUCUCCUGGGCCAGAUGGCUUUCCAGCCCUAUUCUAUCAUCAACACUGGCCAGUAGUUGGAAAAGAAGUCUCUGAGGCAGUCCUGGAAUUACUGAACACAGGAAAGGGUUUCAAGGAUAUUAACAGCACCUUUAUAUCCUUAAUACCAAAGAAGAAAGUCCCUAAAUCUGUCACAGACUACAGGCCUAUAAGCCUUUGCAAUGUCUUCUAUAAGAUCAUUGCCAAAGUGUUAGCAAACAGAUUAAAAGUCAUUUUGCCAAAUGUCAUAUCUCCAAACCAGAGUGCUUUUGUGGCAGGAAGAUUAAUCUCGGAUAAUAUUGUGGUGGCUUAUGAACUCUUGCACUCAAUGAUGAACAGGCUCAAAGGCAGACAAAAUGGUUACAUGGCACUCAAGCUUGACAUGAGUAAGGCAUACGAUAGAGUAGAAUGGAGUUUCCUACAAUCAGCAUUAUUGAAGAUGGGCUUUGACAGUAGCUGGGUGGAACUGGUGAUGGAAUGUGUAUCUACAGUGAGCUACUCGAUCUUGGUGAAUGGCAUCCCACAGCCAACCUUCCAACCAACUAGGGGAAUUCGGCAGGGGGAUCCUCUCUCUCCCUAUCUAUUCAUUAUUUGCUCAGAAAUGCUAACUCACUGCCUGAACCAGGCAGAAUCACAAGGGGCAAUAUCUGGGAUACCAGUGGCACGAGGAGCCAUGAGAGCUACUCACUUGUUUUUUGCAGAUGACAGCCUAGUGUUUUGUAAAUCUAACCCUGAGGAAUGGACUAGACUACAACAUACUCUUUCUUCUUUUGAGCUGGCUUCUGGACAGCGCCUCAAUUUUGAGAAAUCCUCCAUCUAUUUCAGUAGCAACACCAAACCAGACACUCAAUUCUCCAUUUUAGAGCUAGCAGGCAUCAAAGCAACUGGAGCUUUCGACAAGUACUUGGGUCUACCAUCUUAUGUUGGUAGAAAUAAGCAAAAAGCCUUCAGCUCCAUACUUGAUCAAGUGAAAAGGAAGAUGUCAAACUGGAAGGUAAACAUGCUAUCUAAAGGUGGCAAGGAAAUACUACUGAAGUCAGUUUUACAGGCCAUCCCAACGUAUAGCAUGGCAAAGCAAGGGUGGAGGCUCCUACAAGCUCAAACCUCCCUUGCUGCACAGGUCCUUAAAGCUAAGUAUUAUCCUACCUCGAGUUUCCUCUCAGUCAGGAAGAGAGCUUCAGAUUCCUAUGUAUGGAAAAGCCUCCUUGCAGCCAGACAUGUCCUCGAAGAAGGUCUACUGUGGAGAGUAGGCAACGGUAAACAUAUUAGGAUUUGGUCUGACAAGUGGGUGCCAAGGCCAUCCUCCUAUAUGAUACAAUCCCCUGUGAGUAUACUAAAUAAGGAGGCUUCGGUUGACCAACUAAUCAACCCUCAGACUAUGCAGUGGAACCUUGGCCUAAUCCACUCAAUUUUUUCAGAAGAGGAGGCAAACCUUAUCUGUAAAAUGCCUAUAAGCCCCUGCAGGAGCCAAGAUGUCCUAUCUUGGAGGUGCUCAAGUAAUGGUAAGUUCUCUGUAAAAAGUGCCUACCACCUGCAGAGCUCUAUGAGAGAGUAUGUUAAGGGGCAACCUUCCAAUAGCAACACGGUUUCUAAGGUAUGGGACAGGCUGUGGAGCAUCGGGGUUCCUAAUGGCACCAAAUCUCUCCUAUGGAGAGCAGCUAAGGAAUCUCUUCCUACUAAUCUCAACCUGCUAAAGAGGAAGGUGGUGACAUCUCCCUUAUGCCCCAUUUGCCUUACUGAGGAGGAAACAGUUUCCCAUGCUCUUUGGUCAUGUAAGUCAGCUCAGGAUGUGUGGUAUUUGGGCUCGAGACAGUUACAGAAGAUGAGUAGCACUGCUGAGACCUUCAAAGAGCUUUUGGAAUCCAUGCUUGAGAAACUUCCCCCAGAAGUUUUGAGUGAGGUGGCUGUUACAGUCAAGCUCCUGUGGAAUCGAAGAAACAGCCUAGUGUUUGAGGAUUUGUUCUCUUCACCUGCAAACCUCUCUAAAAGGAUCCAAGCAGAACUGUCUAUUAUUAAAUCAGGAGCUGAGCAAGGUGAUGUCAAGCAACCAAGGCAGGUACUGAGUCCACAGUCGUGGACACCUCCCCCUCUAGGAAUGCUCAAAGCAAACUGGGAUGCUGCUAUUGAUAAGAUCAACUCAAGGGUGGGGAUUGGGGUAGUCAUUAGAGACUCCAAAGGUCUGAUGAUAGCUACUCUGUGGGCAUGCAAAGACAUGCACCCGGAUCCUAUUCUCGGUGAGGCAGUGGCUGCUCUCCGAGCAACAUCUCUCUGUGCUGACCUGGGGCUAACUCACAUUGUGUUGGAAGGUGAUUCGAUGGGAGUAGUAGGGGCUGUGCAGCAGGCAGAAGAAAGUUGGUCUUCAGUUGGCCUAAUGAUUAGAGACAUAAGGCUUAUCCUCUCCAACUUCAGAAGCUGGUCUAUUAGGCAUGUACCAAGGAGAGUCAAUGGCGUUGCUAAUGGCCUGGCCAAGCACGCCCUGUCUCAUCCAAGAGAAUGUAUUUUGCUGGGGGACUAUCCCCCAUGUAUUCAAAACUUAUUUCCUUAA